GCUCGCCCCACGCGAGAGUCUGAUGCAAUGCUGCCUUAUUUAACGCAGCUCAGUGUAAUUAUAGCUCUAAUUAGAUCUAAACAGGAAUUUGACAUAUUCAUUGCUAACUUGUCUUUAAAACCCAAGGAUUUAUCUCAGUGGAAAUAAUAAACGAUAAUGCCCUUAAUCAGAUCUGUGAGUAAAGCAGCACGGCAUCUCCUCCUGAAACCACCAUGUGGGUGUGAACCCCUUUUUCACGCUGUGAGGAACAUCAGUGACAUACCACGCCAAGUGACAUCAUCUGAUGUCACCUAUCACUCCGUCUCCUUCUCAGAGACUGACCACCCCAAGGUUCUUAUUACAGGUGGACUGGGACAGCUGGGGGUGGGUCUUGCUACACUGCUUAGGAAAAAAUUUGGAAAAAAGAAUGUAAUUCUUUCUGACAUCAGGAUGCCCCCAAAUAAUGUUUACCACAGUGGUCCUUUUAUCUACGCCGAUAUUCUGGACUACAAGAAUUUACGGGAGAUUGUUGUGAACAAUCGUAUCACAUGGCUGGUGCACUACAGUGCCCUUUUGAGUGCAGUUGGCGAGGCAAAUGUGACUCUUGCUCGUGAUGUCAACAUAACUGGACUGCACAAUAUCCUUGACAUUUGUGCGGAACACAGGGUUCGCCUCUUUGUUCCUAGCACAAUUGGAGCUUUUGGACCGACAUCCCCUCGUAACCCCACUCCAGACCUGUGCAUUCAGCGCCCAAGAACCAUUUAUGGAGUGUCCAAGGUCCAUGCAGAGCUGAUGGGAGAGUAUUACCAUCACAAAUAUGGCCUUGACUUCCGUUGUCUGAGGUACCCAGGCAUCAUCUCCGCAGACUCUCAGCCUGGAGGAGGAACGACAGACUAUGCUGUCCAGAUCUUUCAUGAUGCUGUUAAAACAGGUAAAUUUGUGUGCAACUUGAAGGCUGACACACGCCUCCCUAUGAUGUUUAUUGACGAUUGUCUGAGAGCUACACUGGAGGUGAUGGAGGCUCCUGCUGAGACGCUUAGCAUGCGUACCUACAACAUCAAUGCCAUGAGCUUCACUCCUGAAGACCUUGUUCAGGAGGUACAGAAGCACCUGCCAGACCUGCACAUCAUUUAUGAUGUCGACCCAAUUAGACAGGCGAUUGCUGACAGUUGGCCCAUGAACUUUGAUGACAGCAAUGCGAGGAAGGAUUGGGGCUGGAAGCAUGAAUACGAGCUACCAGAACUCAUCCAGACAAUGCUGAACUUUAUCGGCGCUAACUCCAGACUCACACAUGCUAACUGAACAUCACUGUGCGCACUCAGUAAUGCUGGACAUGUGACCAUUCUCUGUACUAGAUCCAACCAAAGAAAAAAUCUGUUUUGCUCUUUUGUGUCUAGAGUGAGAAUAGGCAUUGAAUUACAUGACAGUAUCCUGAAUCUUGCUGGACCACUGGAUCAAAAUAUGGUGCCAGUAAAGUCAGGUGACUUGAAAUAGGAAACUUGAAGUAGGCAUGUAGACCUACAGGUAGGCCAGUUGUGAACAUGCUAGAACAAACAGCUUCCUAUUUGGAACAGAUAAUGAUCAGACAUCCCGAUAAACACUUUCAGUUCAACACUCAUACAUCACUAUGCUUCCAAAGUCUAACCAUUUUAUUGAGUUUUAUUUUUAAUAGGUACAAU